GACAUUUUAUCUAUUUCUCAAAUUUUCGCAGAUUGUGUCAAAGGCUCUCGAAAAUUGCGAAAUAUUCUAUUGUUUUACUAAAGAAAUGUAAUUAAACUGAGAAAUAUUUAAGUAAAAUGGAGGAAAAUAAAGUGGAAACGAGCUCGGAGACCACAGUGCGCUUUUCUGCUAGGAAAGUGGCGAAGUUUUGUGUCAUCACUGUUUUAGCGAUAUCCGUUGGCUACAUCCACUAUCGUUAUGUCUCUCAAUUGUUUGAGAAUGAUCGCAACUUCUCAUACCUCUCCGAGUUGGAACGUGAGAUGUCUUUCCGUACCGAGAUGGGUUUCUACUAUUCCUACUAUAAAACCGUAGUGGAAGAGCGCCCCUUUGUGGCGGGGAUAUCCAAACUGAUGUACGAUCGGUUGGUCGAGUAUCCUAAAGAUGUGAACGCUUUUAACCGCUUCAAUAUUCAUCCGGAGGUGAUAAUGGGAGCCCUAUACCGCUACUUCGAGCCCUACCUCAACACUACAAAGUACAGGCAAUGUCAUAUGGUGGACAGGGGCGAAGGCCUGGCGCCCGUAGAGAGCUGCGUGGGGCUCGGGCAGCCGAUAUUCUUUUAUUUGGAGGGUAUUUGGUGGCUUGCGGGAUUGACGGUCACUGCUUUGUUCUUACAUGCCACUGCGUUGAGUGAAAGCAUACUAGGCGGUCUCCUAGCAGUAGCUUCAUACUUCGCAAACCAUGCGGAAUGUACCCGCGUACAAUGGGCUCCCAACCAGCGAGAGAACUUCGCAGCACCACUGCUGCUGCUGCAGACCUGGCUCGUCUCCAUGCAGCUCAGGGACAGCCACAGGAGGACCACCUUCCAGUUGCAGGUCUCAAUAUUCAUCCUGAACUGUCUAUGCCUACUUUUUUGGCAAUUCAGUCAAUUUAUAUUUCUCACUCAGACCGCCAUAUUUUUUGUCAUGGAGCAAUUUCGAGUCAUAGAUGUCAAAGCCCUUUGUAUAUUCUUACAUUCUCACUUCUGUGGGUUACACAUGGCAAUACUUUUGUUACAAGGCAAUGAUAUGCUAAAAUCGUCCUUAUAUGCUUCGUUUUUUGUCAUAGUGUCGGCUUAUAGUUUGUUCUUUAGCUCUCUACGUAUUAAGGUUCAAAAUCGCGUGGACUUGUUCGUCGAACUAUGGUUGAUAUGCCUUAGGAUAGCUAUAGUCAUUUUCGCGGCUUUUUACCUAAAGAAGUUGAUAAGUAAUUUCUUAGAGGUGCAAGAAGAUUCCCAUGUAUGGGAUAUAUUGUACUCGAAAUUUACAAAUUAUAAAUCUUUUCAUACUUUAAUUUAUACUUGUAGCGAUGUUUUUGACUUUCUGCCGUUUAGUACUAUAAAAAAACUUUUCAAAUCGUUUUUGAUACCUUUCGUAAUUCUAAGCAUUCUAAAUGUUUGUAAUCGAUGGAUUUCUGACGCGGCCACUGAGUGUAGAAAAGAGAUAGACGAUCUGACGCCUACCAUAGAGAAAGACGGAGAGAUUUCUGACGAAUCAGACUCGGGGAUCGAGAAUUCUGACACGAAACUGCGCAAAAGAAAAAACGUUACAGAUUUGGACCUUAUAGAUAAAGAAAUAAAGACUAAAUUGGAUUGUAAAAAUGAUAUUGAAAAUGCAGAUGUUGUGAUCAUGUUUUUAAAACAUUUGAAAGCGGAACCAGCGAUAUUCUAUAAUAUAUCACAGACUGUUGUCUAUGGUGUCAUGGCGGUCCUAGUGAUGAGAUUGAAAAUGCUAUUUACGACGCAACUGUGUGUUUUGUCAGCGAUCAUGAUGAAUUCUAAUUAUUAUGCCCUCCCGAAGACAUAUAAGCGCUACUUACCGUUCUUCUGGGCGGUUUGCAUGUCGCCUCUAGUGCAGGAUCUGUUCCACAGCGUUUCGCAAGAAAUGUCACAUAUUGGUGAAUUCAGUGACAUAAGCCAAGAACAGUUGAUGGAGUGGAUCCGAACCGAAACCCCUGCAGGAGCUGCCUUCGCAGGCUCCAUGCCCAUCCUAGCUACCAUACUCCUCGUCACCCGCAGGCCUAUAGUGGCACACCCGCACUACGAGCAUCUGGACGCCAGGCAGCGAGCGUAUGCGGUACACAAAGUAUACGGCAGGUUUACCUCACACGAGUUGUACCAGGAGCUGACCAAGCUACAGGCUACAUACCUGGUUAUAGAGAAUAGAUAUUGCUAUGGGAGGAGCACUACGGGUUGUUCAUUCCGCGACAUCUGGGACGUGGAGGCUCCCUGGCUCGCCGGUCGGGCGGCGCUCUGCCACACUCUACUGUCGGAGCCUGUAGAACACUUCUACCCGGUCUUCCGGAACGAGCAGUACGCUGUGUUCAAUGUGCAUGACUAUAGUGUUCGCUAUAUGCCGCGUAGCUUCGACACUUGACAGUCGGCCGAAACUCGGACACACUCCAAUGAGACUGACCGACUUAGUUCACUGUCAAGUGAACACACCACUUGUAACACUAGAUAAGGUAUUUUACUGUUUAUUUUAACCGAUUUCAAAAAAAGGAGUUCACCUGUAUGUA